GACUUUGAAAGUGGCGACGAGGUGCAGAUGGGCUACUUCAAGAAYGGCGUGCAUCUGGGCGUGGCCUUCAAGACCACCAAGGAGGAGCUGGCGGGGCGUGCUCUGUUCCCUCACGUGCUGGUGAAAAACUGCGCCGUCGAGUUCAACUUCGGCCAGAAGAGGGAGCCCUACUUCCCCCCAAAGGAAGGCUUCACCUUCAUCCACGAUCUUCCCAUGGAGCAGAAGAUCAGGGGCACGAARGGACCCGCCAACAAGUCUGACUGUGAGAUUUUGAUGAUGGUCGGCCUCCCCGCCUGUGGAAAGACCACGUGGGCCCUGAAGCACGCAGAGGCCAACCCUGAGAAGAAGUACAACAUCCUGGGCACGAACGCCAUCAUGGACAAGAUGAAGGUGAUGGGUCUGCGCCGCCAGAGGAACUACGCCGGCCGCUGGGACAUYCUGAUCCAGCAGGCCACCCAGUGUCUGAACAGACUGAUCGAGAUCGCCGCCCGCAAGAGACGCAACUACAUCCUGGAUCAGACAAAUGUAUAUGGAUCAGCAAGGAGACGAAAAAUGCGUCCCUUUGAAGGUUUUCAACGCAAGGCUAUUGUAAUUUGUCCCACGGACGAGGAUUUUAAAGAACGAGCAUUAAAGCAAACCAAUGAGCAGGGGAAGGAUGUGCCCGAUCAUGCUGUUUUAGAAAUGAAAGCCAACUUCACCCUCCCCGAGCCCUGUGACUUCCUGGAGGACGUGACGUUCGUGGAGCUGCAGCGCGACGAGGCCGAGAAGCUGCUGAAGCAGUACAACGAGGAGGGCCGCAAGGCYGGCCCGCCCCCCGAGAAGCGCUUCGACAACAGGCAGGGCGGCUUCCGCGGGCGCAGCGGUGGCGGCGGCGGCAGCAGCAGCAGCAGCUUCCAGCGCUACGACAACCGCGACGGGUUCCGUGGCAGCUACCAGAACCGCAGCGGAGACGGAGGCAGCGGGUACAGAGGAGGCUACAGUCGUGGUGGGUACAACCAGAACCGUUACGGCAACAGUUACCGUGACGGAGGUUCUGAAAGCCGCGGCGGAUACAACCGCAGCCAGCAGUCCAGUGGAAGCUACAAUCGCCCGACUUCGUACAACAAGGSAGGCUACAACCAGCAGAGCUACAACCAGGGCGGCUACAACCAGGGUGGCUACAACCAGGGCGGCUACAACCAGAGCGGCUAUAACCAGAACUACUACGGCAGCUACAGUCAGUACCCAGGGUACAGCCAGAGCUACAGCCAGCCGCCAGCGACCGGACAGGCGUACAACCACCAGCAGCAGCCGCCGGCUCAGCCUCCGGCUCAGCAGCAGCCGCAGAGCUACAACCAGCAAUAUCAGCAGUAUGCUCAGCAGUGGCAGCAGUACUACCAGAACCAGAACCAGUGGAACCAGUACUACAGCCAGUACGGUGGCUACCCUAGCCAGGGCAGCCAGGGCCCUCCAGGAUCCCAGUAGCUCCGCCCYUGCUUCCUCCGACGCCCCUCCCCUUACCCCUUUUUUUGACCUCUGCAGUAAAUGGAUAUUUUGUACAGCCCCAAACGUGACAUCGUGUCUGAUUUAUUAACACCUCUGCCACCAUCAUCACAGAAACUGUAAACAGUUUGAUGUCUUUUUCAUUUUUUUGUUUUUUAUAUCAAAUCAAGUCUUACUCUUGGUGCCGAGUGGGAGGCAGUAAACGUUAACUCUCAGAACCUUUAAGAUUAUGAAUCAAACGUGGACGUUCUCCACGUUCUGAAGAGGUGAUUGUAUAUUUUUAGGAGGAAAACAGAGAAAAGCCUGAAUAAUUUAGCUUAAAGAACAAACUGCAUGUGUUUUACCUUCAUGAUUCGUUUUUAUUUACCAAACAUUUUCUUAUAAGCGUGGGUACUGUAGUAUUUAAUUCAGUCUUUAUUAGGAGUAAUCUUUUCUCCACUCUUCACUAGCUGUAUUUACAGUUUUUUUUAAUCCAUCCCUUUGUGAUUGCUGUUGGCGUCUCGUAGUAAAAACCCAUUUUGUCCAUUUUUUUCUACCUUAAAUGAAAAAAAAAAUCAGAUUUUGACCACAAGUUAUCUUGUCUUUAUACAAUAAACAGUUGUAAACAUCUGUAAA